UGCAGACCUAACACGUCAUGGGUCAAUAGAAUGCAAUUAAAUUUAGGCCUGAUAAAUAACGGCGCCUUCUGAGAAGCAAAUCAAUCUUUCCACACUCCAAGGUUUAUUAGUGUAUUGCUCCUCAUAUAAAACCAGGAGCCCAUUUUGCCUUGAAAUUGAACCAAUCACGGUGUGAUUCAUUUGACUGAUUUGAUUGUGCUUUUCAUUCCACAUGAGUUGUUGUUUUUUUUAAUGUGAGUUGUCAGGAUGUGAUAUUGUUCGCUUUUGCGAGUUAUUCGGUGUAGAAAGAUUACGUAAGGUCCGUAAGAGUAAAAUCGUUCUCCCAUACCUGUCAUCUCACCACUUGCGGUGAUUACAACAUAAUAGGUAGGUCUGAUUGCCCGAAUUUAAACAUAAUUGCUAUCUGAUCUAUUUCUGGCCCUGGAAUGCACAUCUAGUGGAUAUUGAUUGUAACCGCUGUAUGCUAUUGGCUAUGGCCACAGAUAAUAAUAAUUUUUGUUUUGUUAUGAGGCAUUUUCUUGUAUGCUCUAGAGCAUUCAUGAGUCAUUUUUAACCACUCUUGACACUUUGCCAAAGCAAAUUUUGAGAUAAAUCUUCCUGGUCAGAGUCUACCCUUCAAAGAGGGUUUCCAGCUUCCGUCAUCUUUUUGACAACGAGACAGACAACGAGCAUUAGGCGUGACGGUCAACAUAUAGCCACACACGUGACCAGUAAUGUUUUUUCAGUAUCAUAUUUUUAAAUUAUUUUUUAACAGAUCGGACAGUUCCUGACGGUUUACAGCAGCUAGUCUCACACAGAACACAGACGACAUAAGGAGCAGUCACUGAUCGAAGAUCUGUGGAUAAUGACAAAAUUUGCGCUAAAUGAACUUGGAAGAUACAUCGUUGCAGUAAGUAUGGGGCACUCUGAUUCAACACUAUUCAGCGUGCGUACCAGCCGUACCUCGGUUGCCAACUAGAUUAGCAAUUUCCUGACUCAAAGGACAAUUUACAAUUCAUUUUGGCUAUUAAACUCAAUUUUAAAAUCCUUAAUUUUAUUUUUGUAGGUAGCUAUCUUAUUGCACGGAGUAAUGAUUUAAAAUCUCUUUGUCACACAAUGACAUAUGAAGGCAUAGUCUGAUACGGCAGGAGGCAAUAGGUCGAACGCCCUGCUUGUUUUUCUCGUCUUUUAUUUCAUGCAGAGUUUGACCUCGUAUUUUACCGCUCUGUUUGAUGAUUAAACCGGAGAGCAAACAUUGAAAAUGUGCUGAACUAUUGCGUAAAACCCUAGAGCGAUCAAUAUCAUUAUAGACUUUCUUUCCUCUAGUAGUUUAGGAUUUAAAUUACAACAAACGUAAGUCCGCUUUCAAUGUGGCCUUCAUUUAAAACUACUCUCUUAGCUUCAGACAUGUUAAGACACCACAGUGUGAACCACAAAAGCAUUCCUUUCACAGACGCAGCUUGGCAGGGAAUGAAGGAACUGUUAUGCGUUUUUUAAAUACGCUUUUCGCUUUUAUUCACUGCCCAUAUAUAUGAAGAAACUACAAAGGACUUGUUAUACUAUUGUUACUUGUCUGCGACUAUAUUCAGAUCUAUUCAGGGGACAUCAUGAGGACCACGGCACAGAUGUCCCUGAAUGGAGGUUGGCUGGGGUUUGUUAAUAAUUCACCUACAAAUAAUAUAUGUAAAUUUUUUAUUCAGCCUUGGAAUCUGCUGCAGUUGUUAUUUCAAGCAGCUACAUAAUGUAUUAAAAUCAGAUACGUAUCUCUGCGAUAUUUUGUAUUGUAUUCCCACAAGUGCAGUAAAUCAAUUGACCACUCCAGAAAUGCCAUAACAUACCAUAAUGCUCUUUGUUUGUCACUCCAAAAUUUUGCAUAAGCAUUUGGCCCCAAGAGAAACUGAAAACAAUGUUUAUGCAGAAUUUGGGGUGACAAACAAAGAGCAUUAUGGUAUGUUAUGGUAUUUUUUGGAGUGGUCCAUUGAAGUGAGAUAGUUUACCGUUAUGUUGUGAAAGCUGUCGUCAUUGUGACGAGUGCACACUUGAGCGUAACAAUGCUUCCUGUAGUCAGACAGUUUUUGAGCUGAGGAGACUCCUCAGAAUUCUGGACCUAGAAAUAGUGUCCCUUUCCCCGCCUGAAUACAGGUGUCCUUUCAAUUGAGGUAACAGAUACAAUGAUUAUGUGAACAUUUUUUUUUUGCGCACUAAAUUUUGUGUCCCGUGAAUGUAACUGUCCCCUGAGACAGAGGUGUCCCAAAGAGGAGAUUCCAGUGUAUCUCAACUUAACCUGCCAUGGGUGUUUGUUUUUUAAGAGCAGGAAAAACGCUUUCCUACUUUCUAAAUACAAUUUGAUGAUAAAUGAUGGGUUACGCUGGGGUUACGCUAUUUGAUAAAAUAUCUAAAGGUAGUACGCACGUUCUCGGAUUGGUUAAAAACCUAUGGUUUAUUGUGGCGAUAAACUCAUAGAAACCUGAAACACGACUCCCUUUUACUCAAAGUUAUAUUAUUCAUGCAAUGAACCACAUGGGUCUACCGGCGUGAUAACCCACGCGGGAUGUUGGGAGAACACGAGAAAUGCUUGUAAAUCCGAGCCGAAGGCGGGUGAUUAGGUUUCUCACUGAGAAUCACGUACCUAUUUAGUCUCAGUGUUCUUAUGACAGCGUAUUUUUGCAUUUGAUUUUGUAGCUGGCAUGGAUGACAAUCAACACAUACUUAUUUGUAAGCGCUUUCAUAGAACUUGAUACCUCGAAAAGAAACUUUUACCUUCGAGUUAUUGUCAAGGUAAGUGCUUUUUGUAUUCACAAUCUAAUAGAGAUGUAGUGUUCACUUAUGCAAAGAUCUAGAUUCGAAUUAGAUCUGGGAACCCCAUGGUUUGUUUUUGGAACAACAAGAUCUGGAUGUCUUUCUUAAGACUUCCGCCUCUGAUCUUAACAUUCCAGAGUAGCACUUGCCUUUCUUUUGUAUUGUUUCCCAAAUUCUGUUAUUCAAACGGAAGAAUCGACAACUACCAAUACACUUUGUAGCGAGCACCGAUUGAAAUGUAGUGGUUUUCCCUUUACUUUAUUCUAACAGGAUGGUUUGGCUUGGGCUCGUGCGUCUGCCGCUGUGCUAAAUUUCAACUGCAUGCUGAUUCUUUUGACCAUGUGUAGAAAUCUUCUCUCAUCUAUUAGAGGCCUGGGGGUGAGUGAUACUGAGCAGUGAUAUCAGUGAUGACAUAAACUUUGUUUGAUCGUAAAUGAUAUGAAAACUCUGCGACAUGACAAAACAAUUUUUUUUUUCAUGCAGGACUUCAUUGUUACCGAAUCUAUACGGAUUCAAAAAGCCAGUAAUCAUCCUCUAUUGUGAUCUCCAUGAAUUCAGAUACCUUUCUCGGAAGCAUGUUUCUUAGCGAUAGUUGAACCAAUAUACAGUCGGCUUUAGCUCAGGAGAUUAUAGUCCAUCGUGGACUACCCUUAGUAAUACUUCGCUCUCCAUAGCUCUAUUUUGUUAAAAACGAAGGAAGAAUCGCCUGAUCGCCAAAAUUUGGCUCCAGUAUGAUUUAGAUUUUAUUGUUGAGAAUUUGUCCAGCUGGAGGUUGCAGAUUCAAGGUUAAAGGAAACUGAAAGUUGUUCAGCCGUCAAUGAAACAUUUACGUUUCAAUAAUAAGUAGAUGGCAGAGUCAGUGAAAUUGCUAGAAGAGCAAUCAGUAUCAAAGUAUGUAUAUUUAACUAAAAAAAGUUUUUUUCUGUUUGUUACGUUGAGUGUAGUGUGGGCACAGUGUUUUGCGACUACUGGACAAGCACGUCACUUUCCACAAGUAUAUUGCAUAUAUGAUAUGUCUUCAAACAGGUUUGUACGACACUACAAAACCAACAUUGAUUUAUAGUUCCAAAAUUUUGUUUCAUCCAACCCCCUACGGUGGCCAACCAACUUAAUCAACUUAGUUGAAAGAUUUUUUUAUUUUUUGUUUUUGAAAUUUCACUGCUCUACCGAUGCAACAAGCAGAUGUUUCUUGGAAACUAACCCGUUGAUUUACUGAUUGAGUAGAGAGUUAGUUAUAGUUAGCUUGUUUAUAGAGGCUGCUUGUUGGCAUUGUCAGUUCCCGGGCUGAUCGUGAAACAUCAUUAAUUUCUUGUCCACAGCUAUCCAUAUAGUAGCUCAUGUUUUCAACGUGGAGUUUUUCAUUUCAUCAUACGAGAGCGAUGAUCGUCUUGUCGAGAGGUUGAACAUGUUUGAAGAUAGUGAUAACGAUACUUAUCUUAACCCCAUAAGAGAUACAAACGCGGUAAGUAAGACGUUCUUAUUCUUACUCACUCAGUCCAGUACUGGUGAUCGCUGAGUCCGCCUGACGUACCAGUUAUUGCUUGUUUGUUUGUUCUUUUUUGUGGUACUCACACUUACUGUCGUUUGAAUUUAAAAAGUUUUUACUGACUUUUCGUUAGGUUCCAGUUGUGGUGCUGUGGAAACUUGGUAGGGUUCUUUUAUUUAGUUGUUUUGAAAUUAAUUACAAAGUAAAGGCAAAGGACUCUGCUUCCGUUGUUUAACCUUGCCUACAAGUUCUUUCUUUCCUCAAAUACAAGACGCACAUUAUAAUUUUUAUGUCUCUAAACAUGUUUUUGUAUUGUUACAAGAGAAUGAAUUCAGUGAUUUUGUGACGUCUGUUACAUUGUUUUUCGUUGGGAGUGGUCGGAGAAGGGCGCUUUUUUCAGCGUUUUAUUGCAAGAACGGGAAAAAAGAUCAACUCCUCAUACUUUCCUUUCAAUAUAUUUCGGCAGUUAUUAUUUUGGAAAUGGAGUUUUAUUAAUGGUUAGCCCUUUCGUGUCGACUCAAGACUCAAAUAUUUUAGAGGAGUGUUCUGUUCUUCUUAAAAGAUGCGGCAAUAAGCUGACGCUUAUUCAAAGAAAAAAAUCUAGUCAACUCGCUUUUUAAAAUCUGGUCUAUCUGAAUUAUUUGCGGCCCCAGAAAACUGAUUAUUUUUUCUUGUUGUUGCACACUUACUCUUUAUCUUGACUUAGCGAUAGGUCUAGCUUGACAAGGACUCUUGGUGGUCGAGUAAAUUGAUUAAAUGUUCCGUUUACAUUUCAGCUUCUGGUGUAACGGGAGCCGUGAUCACUCUUUGCCUUAUUUUGAUGGUAUGUAUGAAAAUGUUCUGCAGUUAAAGUAAAGCAUGUACCGGCUACAACUAAAUAUUUAAUUGGCUCACAUAACCGUUAUAAUUCCCCUAAUACCCAAACUCUCUCUUGUUUAUUUUGAGCGUAUCCGCGUGUCACUUGUAAGUCUUAUACAUGGUGAACACUGCAGUAGCGAAGCGAAAAACUGUACAAUCAGUUUAUCAGAAUCCUAUUACUUAUAUACACUUCUUUAGCUUAUCUUGAGACUGACUGCUUCUUUCACGUGGAUAUGAACGUUAAUUUCUUUGGGAAACAAAACAAAUAAACACAAAAAAUUAUUUUUUAAAAGACAGCGUAAAAACCAGGCUGGUGCAGCGGCGAUUGACUCCAUCAAAGAGAAAGAGUGUUGUUCUUUAUAAUUUAAAAACCCGAUUGUUAUAAUUUCCGAUUGUUUUGUUGUUGAUAUGUCUUACGAUACAUCUCAAUAGGUUGGGUACGUCAAAAACUAGACGUCAAUAAGACUAAGUAUUUAAUAAAUGGUUCCUUAGAUGAAAAGUAAGGCCUGUUACGCGGGAUAGUAGAAGACUGAUUGGUGCCAAAGCCGUCACAAAUGUUGGAUUUAGUUCGUUCAAACUUUUCCAAUAACAAAUAUAGAAAAAGAGAGGCGGCCCCCCAAAAAUGAAGCGGGCGGGAACGAGAAACAUGUAGUUUUUUUAACUUGGCAUAAAAAUAAAAUUACUCUGUAAAGUUCAUGAAGUUCAUAAAGUUGUCGCGUUAAACUGGUUAUGGGCCAUUAACACUCUCCAAUCAGUCAAUGAGCUUUUUCAUACAAGCACAACUGGAAAAUAUCACGAAAAUGCACUCGGUCUCUAAGCGGGUAGACCGGGAAACUAAUGAACCGGCAAACAGAAAGUUGCACUGUCGUCUUUUAAUCAACCUAAUCUAGCCACGUUCAAACAAAGUAACAUUGAACCUACAAACGUUGGUGUCCCGUAAUUCUCAGGGAAGAGUUAAAAACGUGUUAGUAUGUUUAUUCACAUUUCGUAUCCUUGACCGACCAUGCUAAUCAUGAGACCUUACCAAACGAGUGUUGCCUUGGGGAUUAGAAGUACAAAUUGAGAUUGUUUUACCCGACAUUUAUUACGUAGAUUUGCUUGUCUCUUUCACUGUGUGACGCCAAAAGGGGCCGAAUUUACGGCACACAUCUCUUCUUAAAAAGUAUGUUAUAAUUAGGAUCCUUAACAAAAGUCUAUGUAAAUUUUUACAGUUUAGUGCCCACAUACGGUUAACUGAUCAGCCUUUGUGAAUGCUUCCCUGCAGUGCGUUUAAAUACUGAAAUAGGUCAUUUCAUUUCAACUCUGCUUGCUCUCAUUCUUGAAAUGACCACUUACAUGUGUAACAACGGCUCCGCGCUGGAUUGACUCAUUCUCAUCACAAAGUUUUGAAUGCGAUCGAGCAAUGCUUUCCUAGUUCAGUUGAAAAUUGACCGAAUUGACUGGAUUAGAAGUCUUAAGGGACUUUUGAAUUAACCUAGGAAGGAUUCGCCCGAUCGCAUUUAAAGCUCCGUGAUCAGAAUAAACGCCUGGUUAGCUUGCCACCUAGUGAGCCGGUGAUAAGUGCUGUCUAAGCACGUGACCAAGUUCUGUAAAGGGUGUGAGACAGCGAAAAUUCAAGACCUCGUUCAGCAAAGGGCUAAUUGGAAAGAAUUAAGGGUUCAUUUUGCAUUCAUUGUUGUUAAUCACCUAAUGCAUGAGAAAAUGUUUAAGAAAUUCCACCCCUGUGUAAUUUUAGAAAAAAGUCGAUAAAAGUGUUAUUAUACCAUGGAACCAGUUUAUGAACCGAUGUCCCACUGUUUUCACUAAAUUAUCUCAUGGUCCAUUGUCCUUGUUUCAGUUGUAGCGCAUAACAUACUUGCUCUUUAGGCGGCCGCCGCCAUUUCCGACUGAGUUAUCUUUAGUCCCCGGCCUGUGCAACUGCUGUGAUUUCCUUUACGUUCAGUGAAGAUUACUGGGGCAACCACCAUUGGUAAAUUCAACCAUGAUUCAGUCAUUAGAGAGAUAGUUCAAUUUCACAUCCAUACACCUCUUCACUAAACAUAUGGAGCACUUGCAAUUAGUUUGUAGCCGGCAAUGAACCGAAAACACUCAAUUUUUCAUAGCUUACAGUUAUGCGUUUUAGAGACUUGAAAACUGGAUUCAUGUAUAUAGAAAUAUUAAACGUGAAACACCUUAUUUCUGUUAUUUGUUUUCAGGUUUCUUCAUCGACAGAACUUAUAAGGUACAUACUGAUUAUUUCAUCAGUGGAUCAGCUUUGUUAGCCUAGUUAGAAACUGAGAUGAGUUUUACUGUUGUUUUUGUUUGCUGUGUUGUAAGCUCCUCAUUUCGUUCCAACGCUAGGUAUCUAGGCCAGCAUCUGUACUGAAAUCGCGAUGCGAAUCAGUGUAUCUUAAAAAUCAAUUUUGCUUGGCUUGUAUAACCUGUAAGAAAGAAUGGUUUGGAAUAGUGUUGAAACAGUAAAACUAUGUACUAAUCUCCAGUUGUUUUUCCUUAGGCGGUCAUAUUUUGAGGUUUUUUGGUACAGCCAUCACCUUUUUGUCAUCUUUUAUAUUGGACUGAUUCUUCAUGGUAUAGAGUAAGUAGUGAACAUUAACAAAACGAAUCCUUUAAAUAUACAAAAAAAGAAAGGAAAAAGAAAAAACGUCGAGUUUAUAGCUAUACUAUGCUUCGUGAAAUCCUGCAAAUUACAUACCAACGCCCAUCCCUCAUUAAAACAUAAAAUGAGACUGGAUAUAACAUUUAACGACUUUUUUGGUAUCAAAAAACCGGAACGAUGGAAAGGAGAGUUUACCAUCUUGUUAUUGAGUAAUUUAAUUCCGACUUAGAGAAUGCACAAGUUCUUUUGUUAGUAUUCAUAUAUAAAACAUAUCAAAAACAAACAGAGGGACCGAAAAUCUGCAAAAAGCACCCCAAACUUUGUAAUUUACUUUUUUCUCGGUGGUGAAUCCGCGACUCUUUUAUUAGGGAAUUCCAAACUUUCACCCUUCUUCACCGUUCACUUGUUUUCCAGUAAAUCUCAUUACAGGCAAAUUUGUUCAUGUCCUUGAGCCAGCUCAGGAGUGCUCUAUACUAGCAAUCAGUUUCAAAGCUCUUUAGAUCCGCAGCUAUUCAAAAUAGAUUAUGAUCUGAUGGCUUCAUUAACGGGGAUGGAGAGGCUUACAAUCCCGGAAGGGUCUCCUCCUUGGAUCCGUUACUGUUGCUUGCACAUAGCUUCUUAUUCAAGGCGUAACCAACAAGUCCCUGAUUUUGUGUUUUUUAGGGGUAUUGUCCGUUUUCAGUCAAACGUAGAAGACCAUGACCCAGAAGUGUGCUCCAAGAACUUGACCGCGUGGGAAGAUAUAGAAAGUCAGUGCUCUACUCCUCCUCACUUUGUCCCCUUUGGAAUGAAUGUAAGUUUUAACUUCUAAUCAGGAUGUUCCAACAAAAGAAGACAGCAGCAACUCUGCCGCUCACUCUGCUCCGUUAUUGAUCACUACCCUCUUAUUCGUCUUAUUCAUGUUUCGUUUUACUUUGCAGACGUGGAAGUGGGUGGUUGGGCCUAUUUUCUUGUACCUCAUCGAAAGAUUUAUCAGGUUUUAUCGCUCAUUCCAGGCGGUUAAAAUAAUAAAGGUAAGAUAUCAGCCACCUGCCUGCAGUAUUAAAAGGAUUUGUUUCUUUACCGCUUUACAGCUGGUUUUGUGACUCUUGCCUAACUUUUCUCCUUUCGCUUUGUUUCGCUACUGUAACAAAUUUCCUUUCAUCCGUAAAGUAAAAUAUUCUGUAAUAAAUAAUGUAAAGUUUAGGUGCAAGACCAGUGCACUGAAAAAACCGUGUGCGAUCAUCAGUCUUGCUCAAUGUCGGAUCAAAAAGGAUCGCGAUCAGUCAAAAGUACUAAAAAGUGUACAUUUUUGUGCAAAAGACAACUGCAAGGACUGAUCAAACAAAGUGAAGAUACGGUAGUUACAAUGAUUUCACCGGAAUGGCCAAUAUAGAUAAGAAUACCAGUAUUCAUCAGGUUUCUUAGGAAAAUCACGAAUUUACAGAUGCAUGGAAGUGACGUAGUAUGGAUUUCACGCUACUUAAAAAAAUAACGUAAGGUAAAGUGGAAUUUAGUGUGGCGAGAUGAAUCGAAAAGAGAGACUGAACGUGAGACAAGAGUGAAAAAAAAACCUCGAAAACAUUAACAACGAAGUUAACAUAGUUAUAUAUCUGUUGUGACUGGUAUAGGUUGUUAAUCAUCCCUCUAAAGUUAUUGAAAUACAAAUGAAAAAGGCUGGAUUUCAUCACGAGGCUGGACAGGUAUGAACUUUUCAGUUUCUCAUACUUUCAUUGAUUACCAGUCUAUAAGUUAGAGGAGUAGAAUUCUCCACCAGUUUCUUCAUUAUUUUAUUCUAUUCUGUUCAUUCAAUAAAGAAGCAACAAUAAUGUUGACUGUCUUAUGGUUUUUUGUUUUAGUACAUAUUCCUGAAGUGUCCAAAGCUUUCUCAUUUAGAAUGGCAUCCUUUCACUCUUACAUCGGUAAGUCGACAGUAAGUUGCAUGACUAAAGAGACUUUACAUUAGUAAGCUUUCACUACUGCCACGGUUGCACAUCAUCAGCAACAAGAACAUGAUUUUUGUAGAAGGCACGUUUUUGGGCCUACAUGUAUUUAGUUAAGCAUAUCACUCAUCCUUUACACUUCAGGAAAACACUUCGCAUGAGUAGGAGUUGGAAUAGUGGCGGUCUGAACUUACGCCGAAAGGCAAUAAAACUUUCUCGAUCUGGGACUGAAUGUCCCGUUAACAUUUUAAAAACUCAAAAUUGAAAUUCCGGUUCUAUUUUGCAGUUACUUUCAAUGAUUUUUUUUGCGUCAAUUUCAAAAGAAGCCAAGGCUUGGACAAUCAGUUGUAAGCAUGAAAUAACUUUCUGGGUCGGAAAAGGAUAGCGACUUCAGGGGCGUAGCGUGAGAUUUUGAAGGUGUACUCACACGGGGAAGAAACGUUGUAGCACCAAAGGUGACCUAAUGUAGGGGGGUCUGUGGGCAUGUUCCGUCAGAAAAUGUUUCAAUUUAGGGUCUCGGAAAUGCCAUUUCCAGCGUUUUCCGCCGGACAUUUUCAGUAAAAAAUUGCUCAGUUGCUUACUUUACCCCUCCUGUGUAGUCUGGAAGGUGCAUUGGUUACGGGAAAAAAGGCCAAUUGCGCCAUCAGAAUUAUGGAGUAAUAAAAGGUAAAAGAAAUAAUAACACAAAGACACCAAUAUAGUGCGGAAAAUGUACCAGUCAUCCCGAUAAAAUGAUGAAAAAGACUUUUUCAGGAGAUAAAGAAUGAUUAACUUUUCUAUAGUUCAGCUGCAAAUGUACUUAUCGCAUAUGUGCGUAUAUGGACGCUUCGCUCCUGGACUUUAAAGAAUCGAGUCUCCGAAGACCGUUAAAACUCAUUAAUGUCGACAUAUAACUGAUAUGGCAAAUGAGACAGAUUCUCGUUUCUUGAACACAGAGCAAUAACGAUGUGAAGUGGACUUAAUUAAGUAACCACGAACGGCAAAAAUGAUUUGACAUGUCAGUUAAAUUGAUUGUUUCUUUGGGAUUUUUUUUCUUCUGUCAGGCGCCUGAGGACGAUUUUUUCUCUGUUCAUAUUCGUAUAGUUGGAGAUUGGACAGGUAAGGGUUAACAAUGUUUACAUUGAAGGUUAAACGUCUAAGCUGCAGAUGUUGAAAGUGACCUGUUUAUUUAUUUUGUAUCGUUAGGAGGAUUGGCUAAAGAAUUUAAUGGAGAUGGAAAAGAAGCAAGAAGUCUUGCUGAUAUGCCAAGGUCGGUUAUGAAGAAGCCAUAAGUAGAAUUUUUACUGCUUUUGCUCCAUGUCUCGGUUCUACCAAGCUUUUCAAAAUUUCUAGAGAGAAUUAUCUACAAUCGAUUGUAUGACUAUUCAACUAAUUUACAUAUUCUCUGUGAUAACCAGUUCGGCUUCAGAAAAAAACACUCUACCACGCUUGCCUUGAUUGAUUUGCAUGCAAAAAUAUCAUCUGCUAUCGAUCGUGGUGAAUUAGAGGUUGGUGUCUUUUUAGAUCUCUCGAAAGCUUUCGAUAUAGUCAAUCAUUCCAUCUUAUUUGUGCUCCUCGGAGAAGCACAAAUAUGGCGUCCUCAUAAUGAGCCCUAUAAAUUUCUGUUACUCAUUUUGAAGAACAACACAGCUGCGGAAAACUGCACAGACAUAAGACUUGGCCAGGUUGUUAAUUUAUCGAUAUUCUAUAAUAUCCAUAAUUCUUGGCUUCAGACAUUUCACGGUUUUGAUUUUAGUUUUUGAUGGCGUGACAGUGAAAACCACCAAUACAAUGGUUAUGUUUCGUCUCGUGCUAAUAGCAAGUGUGGCGUUCCCCAAGGUUCUAUAUUAGGGCCAUUGUUUUUUUCUGCUCUACAUCAACGAUACAGUGUAUUAUCAACGCGUCAACAAUAUUUCAAUUGAUAUUAUUUGCCGAUGAGACAAACGUUUUUCUGUCUCACACGGAUAAAGACUGCUUGAUCAGGUAAAAGAAACAGUUUUCUUGGGAGUAAUCAAAGAUGAAAAUUUAAAUUGGAAUUGUGAAAUCUCACAUGUCGCCAAUAAAGUUUCUAAAUCCACAGGAAUUAUUCCUAAAUCCAGUUUCUAUUUAUCUACGAAACCUUUACGAACAUUUUAUUUUUCUAUAGUAUAUCCAUACUUUCUUUUACUGUAACUUAGUUUGGGCUUCAACUUACAGAACUAACCUUAUUCGUCUUGAGAUUUUACUGAAACGUGUGACCAGAACUAAAGCUAAAACUCCUUUCGAUGCACAUACUCAUGAUCCAAUCUUUCAAAAUCUAAAUAUCUUAAAAUUUCAUGAUAUAUACCUAAUACAACUAGGCUUAUUCAUGUACACCUAUCAAAACCAUACUUUACCUGUAAAAUUUCAUUUCAUUUCCUUACAACAUCAAAUUCAUUCGUAUAAUACAAGAAACUCUUAUAAAUUUCGUCUGCCUUUCUGUCGAACUCGAAUCAAACAAUUUUCGGUAUUUUAUCAAGGACCAAAAUUUUAUAACUCCUUAAACACCAACAUCAUCAACUCUUCCUCCCCUUUUUCCUUUAAAAGAUCACUUAAUUUGUAAAAAUUAUUAGUAUACUCUAAAAAAAAUCUCGGGGAAAAGCUGUUUAAUAUUCAACUUCCUUAAUUUUGAUUGUUAUUUUAAUUUUCCAUCUAAUAAUAUUUUGUAUCCGUUGCCGUAAUUUUUAGGCCAUCUUUGAAAAAUUGUAACUGAGGAGGCCUUAUUAACAUAACCUUCAUAGUUUCCUUUAGGCAUCCUCGGCAUUUCUUCGUACAUUUUUUGUAUCUUUUUGUAAUUGUAAUCUUGUUAUAUGUAGCAAAUAAAUACAAAUAACAUGGACAAUUUUUCCUUAUUUUAAAUAUUGGUAGUAUCCUAUUAUCCACAUUAGACGAAUUAAGUCCUUUAUUACUGUUCAGCUAAUCUGCAAUAGCAUACCAUAAUGAUAAUGAUAAUUGCGUUGUUAAGGAAAUCGGCGUCCUGUAAAACUUAAUGAAAUCAGCAGUUCCGCCAGACGAACUUGAAAAGUAUUAGGAGAAGCAAUUUGCUGAAGAGAUUAAAUACUCUCUCACAUUCCACUUUCUUACUGAUUUAUCCCUAUUGCUAUAUUUUAUGAUUCGUAGACUUGCAGUCGAUGGCCCUUUUGGAACGGCAAGUUCGGUAAGUUCCAUUCAUGCUUGAGUCUUUUCGAAUAGCUUAAGGCAAAAUGUUGUCUUGUAUCCAACUGCCAUUAUAUUUAUGGCGCCUGUUAGCCGUUUCAAUCUAAAGUCACCGGAUUUCUUAUAAGAACUGAGUCUUUUUUUUGUUUCCCACGUAAAGCCUCCACCUCUGAACCCGCCACCCGUGCACCCGCACCCGCACCCGUCUUUGGCGGGAAUCCUGUAAAGAGAUGUUUUAUUUUAUUUGAUGUUUUUUCUAUGUAUACUUUUAUGUAGGACGUGUUCAAGUACCCUGUGGUCAUGUGUAUCGGAGCGGGUAUUGGAGUGACACCUUUCGCAUCAGUUCUUAAGUCUAUAUGGUAAGUUAAUUGUCAUAAAAUUUUAAAAUAACAAAUAAAGAUGUCAAGUAGAAGAAAAUAUGGUUAUUAUGCGCUUUAUGUUUCAUCAAACUACCAUCAGGCGACUUUCGGGACAACAUAUGGCGCCUAUUAUAUUAAAGUUAAAUUUCGUUGUCUUCAGUUUCACCCAUUCCUCACUUACAAGGUGCUCAUUUAAUGCCAUAAAUGUAAUGGCGAUACAUUUGUUACCCAGGAAGUAUUUAUGUGCAUUUGUUCCAUUCCUUUAUUUUUCCUUUAUUCCAUUCACGAAUAUGGACUUCAACGUUUAUUUUUGUCUCCAGGCAUCAGCAUAAUCAGAACACCGUUAAUCCAUUGGUGAAAAAGGUCUACUUUUUUUGGAUCUGCCCUGACACAAAUGCCUUUGAAUGGUUCACAGAUCUUCUACAGUACUUAGAAGACAGGGUAAGUUCGAUUGCAACCAUGAAAUUUUAAUAAACUCAUUUUUUCAGUAAUUAGCAAAAUCUUGAAUUAUUAUAGAAAGUGCCACCUUAUGGUUGCUGAUAUUUAUUUACUUAAUCUAUACCUCGGUGUUAAGAUGGGAAUAGUUACUAAUCACACUUCAGCAUUUAUAACUCGCUCAAACUUUAUGUUUGUUUGUUUAUUUGUUUAUUAGAUGGUUGCUACUGGAAAUGCAGACUUUUUGGAAUACAACAUUUACCUUACCCGAGGAUGGGGUCCAAAUAUGGUGAGCAGUGUAAUUUACUAAAAAAAAAAUUGUUGUAUGAAGAGGUGGUAAACAUAGUACACCACGGAAAAAUAUAAGAGUAUUUUAGUUGGUAUUAAACUUAUGUGGAGUUUUCCGUGUAACUUACUAGUAUAAGUUGCGUUUCUGCAGCCAGAAAAUUGUUAUUUAGAGGUUUGUUUUUUAGCUUCUAAAUCAUUUUGCUCUCUACGAAUAGGCACGCACCAUUUUCCUGCGCGAGGACGAAGAGGAAGAUAUCAUUACAGGUUUGCAGCAGAAGACAAAAUAUGGGCGGCCAGAAUGGAAAGGAAUUUUUAGCCAAGUCGCCAGGAAUCACCCAAGGUUAGUGUUAGUGAUGUGAUAGCCUCCCAAGAAGACUGCGUUCUUUUGGCUCGUCACGCAUAUUCCGUUCGUGCAUGAGGCUGGAACGCGCCCUUGGCAACAGUGAAAACAGUGCCGCCGAGGUGUGGUUUCAUGGGCCAUGCUGCACUAGUUGAUUCUCGUUGCCUCUGAGUAAUAAUAAAUAAUUAAAUUAUUUCAUUACUUACAACGCGCAAAUUCGCAUAUGUAUAUGAUCAAAUGAGUUCAGCUCUUCAACUAUAUUUGUAAAUAACUAUCCAGUUGCGGCCGACCGAUUGAGAUUUAUUGAUAUGUUCCUUCAGCGUAUACUUAAGGAUCCACGCAGUACUUAACUUGUAUCUGGUUAAUUUGCAGAACCAACAUCGGGGUAUUUUUCUGUGGACCAGCUGUCCUCUCUCAUCAACUCCACAAGGAAGCUAAUGAGCACAGUAACGAUGCUGAGGGUGUUAAAUUCUUCUACAACAAGGAGAACUUUUAAGUUAAAAAAACUUUCUAAUUUAUUGUCUGUUAUAGUAUUAAUACCUUGCAAUUAAAUACAAGUAGAAUCUUUGGUUUUCGGCUUUAUAUAAAGUGUAAACAAGAAGAUUAGUUUGUAACAUGAAACUUAUGUAUUUUUUGUGUGAAUAUUCAGUUCCUGGUAUAUACGCUAAGGAUCACAUACUAGAAUCAGUGUCGUGUUGCUAGCGGUGUCGCCCAGGCAGAAAACGAGUUGCCGUUUGCUCUUUAGGUGGGCAUUGUUUGGCGGCUCAACUGAAAGAAAUAUAAAUAUUUUUAAAUACCUCCUCUUGUGAAGAACGUUCAGCUGGUUGAUUUGUGUUUAUAUCAUUGCCACUUUUUGUUCAAUAAUCAAGAUCGUUUGGGCAGGGGUCCAAUAUGAAACGAUAUUCUCUGAUCUAAUUGGAAGAUACGAAACUUAUUCACAGGAGCUGGGUGUGGUGUAGACCUUCAACAGCAAAUAAAAAACUUCUGCACUUCAGUGAUAAAGUAUAAGUAAGUGUAACGAUCAUCUCCUUAAAUUGAUCAUUUUAUACCCUCGCAGGAUAACUUUUGUGAGGAAGGUUGGCUGUGUGAUUAUUUGUUCUUUGCCUUCUCUUUACUUACAUGUAAAUCUAAUUAAAAUAAUACAUUAAAAAGGAAAAGAAAAAGAAAUGGAUGUACAUCUCAUUAAAAUAAUACAUUAAAAAGGA